GCCUGGAGGUCGAAUUCGGCGUAAUCUAAAUCUAUCACAGUUCCGGCUUUAGGCGCCACCGAUUUCGCUUCCGUCGCCGCCGCUCGACCCAGAAUCGAUGAGUCGCAAGAGAGACAAACCCUACCCUUCCCGCCACGUCCCUACCUCCGUCUCAAAGAGGCGGCGCCCUCUGCCGCCGGUACCGUCGCCGCCGGAGGACGACGAUAUAGACAAGCCCAUACCCAAGCCCGCGCCGCCGCCUGCCCUGGUCAUCGUUGACCUACCUUCAAACUGUUCGGUGCUUGACUUGAAGUCCCGAUUUGAGAUUUACGGAUCCAUCUCCCGCAUCCGCAUCGACCGUGAUUGUGUUGGUUUCAUCGCUUAUCGCACUAAAGACUCCGCCGAUGCUGCCAUGGCCGCCGCCCUCGACCCCUCCUUCGGCUUCACCAUUGACUCCAAAAAGGUUCAGGUAUUAUGGGCGAAUGAUCCUCAAGUGCAAUGGAGGCAAGGGAUUAACGUUGGGGUUAACAAGAAAAACGAACUGUCGUCAAAGCUCUUGCGGGCAGAAGUGCCACUGAGCAGACAUGGCAGAGGCAAUAGACUUGCUUCAACUAUUGUAAACCCCAGAAAAAGUGACUGUUCUUCAAGGUUGGACGUGCCUUUCAGGGCCAGGGAAGUUGUUGCUUAUGAUGAUAUUCUCUAAGCUUAUAGUUUGCCUGCUUUUUUUUUUCUUCCCUUAGUUUUGGUAUAGAUAAGAGUUUUCAAGUGUAUUACUAUUUUCUUCUAGUUUCCUCCCUUUCCCUACCUUAAUUCUUAUUGAUUGAAGCUUCUUCAUGGUCCUAUAAACUCAUGUUUGUGUUAAUGUAUAUCUACCAUUAAUGGAAGGAAACUCAAGCUUCUCACCAAAGCUUAGCAGCUUAAUUACUGUGUUCUUUUGGUUGAACUGAACUGAGUUCACUUUUAGUUAUGCGUUGACAUUCCCUUACUGUAUUAUUGAAGAAUCGAGCAUUCGGCUAACGUUAAGAUUUUUU